AAUUCCAAUUGCCAGAUGGACUUCCGGGCAAUGGCGGAUCUUUCUUUUCCCAAUCAGUGCCGUGAAAACGUGGAUUGCUGAUUUUGUUUUAGUGGUCAAACAAGAUGGGUAUUGAUAUUUGUCAUAGAUAUGACAGGAAAACCAGGCGCCUGGAGCCCAAGUCUCAGGACGUUUAUCUGAGGCUUCUGGUCAAGCUCUACAGAUUCCUGUACCGCCGGACGCACAAGAAAUUCAACAAAAUCAUUUUGCGUCGUCUCUUCAUGAGCAGAACCAACCGCCCACCGAUUUCGCUGCAGCGUGUGGUGCGUUUCAUGAAGGAGGGAAAGAAGCCCGAUAGCAUUGCCGUUGUUGUGGGCUCUGUGACCGAUGACAAGCGUGUCCUGACUAUCCCUAAGCUUCGCAUCUGUGCCCUCCAUGUCACGGCUUCAGCACGCGCCAGGAUUCUGGCCCAGGGAGGUGAAGUGUUGACUUUCGAUCAACUGGCUCUGCUUGCGCCCACUGGUAAGAACACCAUCCUGCUCCAAGGCAAGCGCACUGCUCGUACGGCCCACAAGCACUUCGGCAAGGCUCCUGGUGUUCCCCACUCCCACACCAGGCCAUACGUGCGCUCCAAGGGACGCAAGUUUGAGCGUGCUCGUGGACGUAGGCGCGGGUGUGGCUACAAGAAGUAAAUGUAGCUCCGGACUUGUGCUCCUAAUCACAUGAAUUAAUACAAUGUUUCCGGACAUAUAUAA